GUGCCUUCCCCAGAAUUUAUUUACCUGGGUUUGUACGAUUCGAAGGAAAAUUUGAUUUGCAUUAACUCUUCCUUACAUUAUUGUUUUCUCGGUUAUAUACCCUCCAGAGUAGAAUGAAUUCUAUAUCAGAAUCCAGAACAUAUUUGUGUCAAUUAUUGAGAUAUAAACGGACACAAAGGAUGUUUUCAACUGUAAGCCCUGAACGAAUAAAAAGUGCUUUGAAAUACUACAAAGGGACUAUGAAGGCUACCUUUCAGUUCCUUUUUUCCCUUCCCAUUUGAGGGACACGCAAUACGCGAUUAGAGCAUUCAAUGUGGAACUUGCUUCUGUUAGAGAAAAUGUGACUAAAGUAGAGAUCGGCAAAAUGAGGAUGCAAUUUUGGAAAGACACAAUUGACAAGACCUUUGCAGGUAGACCACCUGAGCAACCCAUUGCUCUUGCCUUAUUUGCAGCUUUAAAGUCAUCAAAUAUGUCCGCAUUAUGGAUGAAGCGCAUUAUUACUGAACGUGCUAAUAAUCUAGACGAUCAUCAGUUCAUGACAGUGAAAGAUAUGGAAAGCUAUUCCGAGAACACUCAAUCAAGCCUACUAUAUCUGCAAUUGGAGUCGCUUGGGGUGAAAGAUGUCAAUGCAGACCAUUUAGUGAGUCAUCUUGGAAAAAUGGUUGGAAUAACAACAUUUCUACGUUCGUUACCGUUCCAUGUAAGCCAAAGACGAUUAGUUUUACCAGCAGAGAUAACGGCAAAGUAUGGAAUUGUCGAGGAGAAUGUGUAUCGUGGGGAUAUAGAAGGAAUGGAGGAUGCAAUUUUUGAUGUGGCUACUGCUGCUAAUGAUCAUUUACUGACAGCGCGCUCAAUGAUGGACAGAAUUCCUGCCAAUGCGUUUCCGGUAAUCAUAUCAGCAGUACCGUAUGUUCACUUUUUGGAGAAGCUAGAAAAGGUCAACUUCAAUGUUUUUGAUGUCAAUUUGCGAAAGAAGGAUUGGAAGUUACCCUUACUCAUGUAUAAAGCCUACAAAACCGGAAAAGUAUAAUCUGUACAUAUCUAGUAAUCAACGAUGUACCUUUAAUUCACUUAUUUGUAUCAUUCAUGUAUAAAAUAAAUACAAUGCUGUUUAUUGACGU